AACGUUUAUUACAUUGGUUUGUGCGGGGCUCGGCUUUCCCUCCGCGACUGUCAAGCUCAUUACAGAUGUGGAGGAGACUAACACGCUUAGGACAGAAUCGAGUGAUUAAAGUCCGCUCCGUGAGGAAUCAGCCGGAGAGAAGACGAGCCUGAGGCCAGGCUUCCGAAGUAGGGCAGAGGCCGCGGACACAAGGUGAGUAACGCUCACGCAAACUAUUCAGUUUCGGGUCAGGCGGAGGAAGACGCGCACUGCAUGUUGGGAUCUCGCGACUGAGGGCCGCAUUGCACGGCGGGAUUUGUAGUCCCGCCCUUCGCCGGGACCCUCAGAACGGUCACACCUGGCUACCCUCAAACACGUCUUUACACAGAUAAGGUACAAUCUUGGCCACCCUGCACAGAAUGACGAGGUUCUUCAGGGCCACUAUACCUAGUUGCGCUCUUCAGAACAAAUCUCAUUUCGGCGUUGGCAAGAAAGGUGCAUUGAGUGCCGCGGCGUGUGCGUGACGCCUGUGUUCGUGCGCGGGCGCGCACCAGGCCCCGCCUCCGGAAGCUCCGUCGCUGCGGCCGCGCGCUGUCCUCGCGAGGCCUCCUUGAGCCGGGUGGCGCAGGCGCGGUGUCCCUGGGCCAAGAUGGCGGCGCGGUGUUCCACGCGCUGGUUGCUGGUGGCUGUGGGGAACCCCCGGCUGCCGGCUGCAGCGGGGAAAGGCGCCGGGCCGCCCAGGGGGGGCGUGGUGGGGGCUUCGCUGGGCUACAAGCUGAACGUCACUACCUUCGCGCCUUCCUUGGGAGCUCGGGGCUCCGGGGCGCUGCUGACAUUGAGACCCGGUGUCAGCUUCAAAGGAGUAAAAAGUUACCCUUUUGUUUGUACUGCCUCCUUCCACACGAGCUCCCCUUUGGCCAAAGAGGAUUAUUACCAGAUACUAGGAGUGCCCCGAAAUGCCAGCCAGAAGGAGAUCAAGAAAGCCUAUUACCAGCUGGCCAAGAAAUACCACCCAGACACAAAUAAGGAUGAUCCCAAAGCCAAGGAGAAGUUCUCCCAGCUGGCAGAAGCCUAUGAGGUGCUGAGUGAUGAAGUGAAGAGGAAGCAGUAUGAUGCGUACGGCUCUGCUGGCUUCGAUCCUGGGGCCGGCAGCUCCGGACAGAGCUACUGGAAGGCAGGCCCCACUGUCGACCCAGAGGAGCUCUUCAGGAAGAUCUUUGGGGAAUUCUCAUCAUCUUCUUUUGGAGAUUUCCAGAAUGUAUUCAAUCAGCCUCAGGAGUACAUCAUGGAGUUGACGUUUAAUCAAGCGGCCAAGGGGGUCAACAAGGAGUUCACCGUGAACAUCACUGACACCUGUGAGCGGUGUGACGGCAAGGGGAACGAGCCUGGCACCAAGCUGCAGAACUGCCACUACUGUGGUGGCUCUGGAAUGGAAACCAUAAAUACUGGCCCUUUUGUGAUGCGCUCCACGUGUCGGAGAUGUGGGGGCCGAGGCUCCAUCAUCACGACUCCCUGCGUGGUAUGCAGAGGAGCAGGACAAGCCAAGCAGAAGAAGAAAGUGGUGAUCCCCGUCCCUGCCGGAGUUGAGGAUGGCCAGACUGUACGGAUGCCUGUAGGAAAACGGGAAAUUUUCAUCACGUUCAGGGUGCAGAAAAGCCCUGUGUUCCGGAGGGACGGUGCAGACAUCCACUCCGACCUCUUUAUUUCCAUAGCUCAGGCUCUUCUUGGAGGGACAGCCAGAGCUCAGGGCCUAUACGAGACCAUUACCGUGACGAUCCCCCCUGGGAUUCAGACAGACCAGAAGAUUCGGAUGAGUGGGAAGGGAAUCCCCCGGAUUAACAGCUAUGGCUAUGGAGAUCACUACAUUCACAUCAAGAUAAGAGUUCCAAAGAGACUGACAAGCCGGCAGCAGAGCCUGAUCCUGAGCUACGCUGAGGACGAGACCGACGUGGAGGGGACAGUGAACGGCAUCACCAGCACCAGCACGGGUGGCAGGACCAUGGAUAGCUCCGCAGGAGGCAAGGCUAGGCCUGAGGCUGGGGAGGACAAGGAGGGAUUCCUUUCCAAACUUAAGAAAAUGUUUACCUCCUGAUACCUAGCCGAGGAAAACGGUCCACUGGAAACUAGGCCGGGAGUAGCAGCCCCUCCUCGUGGCCAGGGCACCAGAAGGAUUCCAGAAUCAGCAGCACCGGGCCCCUUCCUGCAGAGGGCAACAGCAAAAUCAUGUGACAACAUACGUCUCCACUGAAUGGUCAUGGGACAGCCCCUGGCAGUAGGGUGUGGCACGCGUAAGGGGUGGUAGAACUUUCCUGUCCAUGGGUAGGUAACGUGGCCUCUUCUGGCUCAGGCGGAAUAAAACGACUGGACCAUCUUUCAGAGCUAAAACUCUAAUUUGGAAUCAAAUGUGGUGAUACUAGUUAAAGAAUUAAAGGCCAUGCUUACAGCUUAAAAAUGAAGCCUUAAGCUGCACCGAGUCAUGAAGUGAUUAAUUUCCCUCUCGGCAAACCUCCGAGAGGUUCUGGAAUGAGUCUUUCCUUCCAGGUUGUCUUUCUGAGGAACCUGGGGCCUGCACGCCCCACCACAUCAUCCAUCCUUCAGCAGAGAUGUCCUAUUUCCUUCCUGGAGUUUGUUUUAAUUCCCAAAGAUCCCAAGCAGCUGGAACAUGGGCACCUUGGGGCCUGGGGAGGCACAUACCAAGGGCGUCCCUGGAGAUGCCAUUCCUGACCAUGUGGGCCGUGAUCUUUAUCAGGACGGAUAGUCCUUCCUUCCACAGUGUGUGGGGUGACCUCUCGUCCCCGACUGUUGAGUUCUGUUGUUCUAAGCCGGGUGUGGGGCUCCUGCCCUUCCGCUGGACCACAGGUGGUCACGGCUGCAGUCUGGGCCCAGCAGGCUAACAGCCUGUUAACCCAGUGCCCCGGCCCCUCUGCCAGGGGCUUAGUUCUCACCACUCACACUGUUGACAUCUGUUUUCAGAAGUGUGUGUAAGUUUUUCAAUGCUGAGAAUCAUCAUCUUCUGUAGAAAUGUUUGUUCAGAAAAGGAAAGCACAGUCUGAGCAGUUGAAGGUUUCACCGUCCAGCCAGAGCAAACCACAGUCCCUCAGAAUCGGCUUGUAGGAUGUACGGGCUCCAUGUGUUUCCAGAUCCUACCCCUGUGGUAAGACAGGCUAAUGGAGAAAACUUAUGAAUAGUUUCCUUUUUGUUUUCCUUCAUAAUUUACUAAAAUAAAGUAUCUAUUACUGUCUGAUCUAAGAAUGUAAAAUGAUUCUAUAUCAAUGUAAAUAAGAUAUUACUGCAAAAAGAUACUUAAAGCAUAA